UAUGAUUUAAUUGGUUUUUGCAUCAAGCGGGGUUUAAAGGUUUAUUGUUUUUUGGGGCUUUAAAAGUUUGCAUAUACGGAAACAGUAGUAGUGAAGUGUUGAAGAUUCUCACUUGUGACUUGUGGCGAAGCCAUCGUCUUGUUGUGGUGGAAUCGAAAAUGCAGCAGGCAGGAACUUCGGGCUCGGAAGUGGAGGUAACAUGGGAGGAUCAACAGAACAUUAACAAAUUUGGAAGAUUGAAUAAUCGUCUUCACGAACUCCACGAUGAGAUCAAGACUGCUAAGGAAGCAUGUGAAAACUUUGAGGAUGCAAGCAAUGAGCUUAUUCUGACCGAUGAAGAGAUAGUGCGCUUCCAGAUAGGGGAAGUUUUUGCUCACGUUCCAAAGGACGAAGUGGAGAGCAGGAUAGAGAAUAUGAAAGAGAAAACUAGCAAGAACUUGGAGAAACUAAAGGAAGAGAAGGAAUCAGUAGUUGCCCAGAUGGCUGAGCUUAAGAAGAUACUAUACGGGAAAUUCAAAGAUUCAAUCAAUCUCGAGGAGGAUUAGUGAAAUUUCAUUAAGUUUUCGCCCGCAACUUUGUUAGAAUUUGCUGGUUGUUGAAGGGUGUUCCUCUUGAUUGGAUUUUUCCAUGUUUGUGUCUUAAAACAGUUAGAGAUUCUUAAUUGCCUCGACAAUACUGUAGACUUGCUAAGUCUUAUGUUUUCUGCUCCUCUUCUUUUCCCCUUUCUUGGAGGGGGGGACUA